AUGUCGGACGCCGCUUCUCCGGCGGGUUCCCCUGCUGCCGAACCCACUGAGCAUCGCGAUGAGGACCAGGUCAACGAGACGCACCAUGAUGAUGGAAGCAAUCACGGAGCCAACAACGAGGAUAACGAUGGAGGCAAUGACGAAGACCACCAAGAUAAGGAUUCCGAUGUCCUGUCUGAAAUCGACGAGGAGGAGUUUGGCGAUGAUUACGGCGCCCGGCCUGUUGACAUUGACGAGAAUGUGGCCAUGAAGCUGAAGGCGAGGAGAAAGACGACCACAGAGACGACAAAGAAGCCAAAAGAAGGACGGAGGCCCAAGAAGCGGUCGCGUGAUGACGAUGAUGUUGACGCUGCGGAUGACGACGGUGAGCGCCGACCACGCAAGGUCCGCGCUGAGGGCGAGCGACGUGCUAGGAAGGAGGAAGAGGAUCGGGCAGCACAAGCGGAAGAAAACCUCACCCCAGAUGAGCGUAGACGACGCGCUUUGGAGCGCGCCAUCGACGCUGCUGUCAAGAACCCCACCAAGCGCAGGCGAAAGAAGGACGAUAUUGACUUGGAAGAGGAGACGGACGAACAGAUUGCGAACCUCAAGGUCGCCAUGGAGAAGGCUUGCGUAUCCGACAACGAAGCCCGCGAACAAAAGCAGCCCGCCGUGCAUAAGCUCAAGCUUCUACCGCAAGUUACCGCGAUUCUAAACCGGACCGCCAUCCAGGACUCCGUACUCGACCCCGAAAUCAACUUCCUCCAAUCUGUCAGAUACUUCCUGGAACCUCUGAACGACGGAAGUCUGCCCGCGUACAACAUUCAGCGUGCCAUUAUGAGCGCGCUCAUGAAGCUGCCCAUCAACAAGGAUGUGCUUCUGAGCAGCGGCAUCGGCAAAGUGAUCGUUUACUACAACAAGAGCAAGAGCCCCAGCGCGGACAUCAAGCGUGAUGCGGAGCGGUUGCUAGGCGAAUGGAGUCGCUUGAUCCUGAAGAGGACCGACGACUACAAGAAGCGUCACAUCGAGAUGCGUGAAAUCGAUGUCAGUGCCGUACGAGGUCAGCGCGAAGGCGGCAGCUCCCAAGUGACGCUGACCCAGCGUCCCGCCGGCAAGUCCCGCUACGAGAUUGAGCGCGAGCGUGCCCUCGCUCCCGAAGUGCGCAACAACAACCGCGCCAGGCCCGUCGGCCUUCCCGCCAGCUACACCAUCGCUCCCAAGAGCACGUAUAUUCCGGGCCAGGCGCCCACCGAUCAUCGUCCCAUCGGUCACAGCGGCCAUGAGGCUUUCCGGAGGAUGACCCAGAAGGGCAAAGGAAAGCGCUAA